AUGGACUCGGACAACGAAACGAUUUCCCUUCACUCAGACACAGGCUCUGCGCAGGAUAGCGAAAUAGAGGCCCUGACUUUGCUGGGCGGGACUCUAAUCCAGCGCAUCCUCGACCGCAGGCCGUACCAUGAGAUCGAGGCCCUGAUUGACUCUGGCGCGCCGCUGUGGUACCAAGACGAGGAGGAAGGAACGAGUGCGCUGCAUGCAGCAGCGUACACCGAGAACGAACAUUGGAUCCGUGCGCUGAUCGAGAACGGCGCGACUUGGAAUCUCGUCGAUAAACUGGGCAAUACGGCUGGCGACAUUGCCCUGUCCUUCAAUAACGCUGCGUGCUACGAGCUCAUCCGUGACGCCGGCAUUCGCUCAGAACUCCUCCUCGCGCACCUGUCAUCCAACUCUUCGCUCGAGAGCUCGGGAUCCACGCUCCUGUUGAAAGCUGCCGACUCUUCGGCCACCGGGUCUACAUCCGCGUUCCUCGCAUCGCCGCUAGAAUUCAAGACCGACGAGCAUGGCCAGGAAAUAUGUAUAGUCACCGUUGAGAAGGAAGAUGGCGGAAUGGAGGAGGUCGGGGUCAUGAUGGGGUGGGAGACGCCGAUCAUGCACGAAACCGUGGAACGCUUAUGCCGUGACCACCCAAAGCUGGAUAGCGGCCUUUGCAUCCUGAACGUCGGAUUUGGGCUGGGUAUAAUCGACGACCUCUUCCAAUCCCUCCCGACACAGCCUGCCCAGCAUGUCAUCAUCGAACCGCAUCCCUCCGUCAUCGCACACAUGAAAGCGAAAGGGUGGGUCGCGAAACCAGGAGUCCGUGUCCUCGAAGGAACGUGGCAAGAUAAGCUAGAAGAAAUCAUCAGUGCAGGCGAAAAAUUUGAUGUGGUCUAUACAGAUACCUUCAGCGAAGACUAUGCUGAACUCCAUAAAUUCUUCAAAGCCCUCCCUUCCCUCCUCGCAGACAAACAUUCCCGUUUUAGCUUCUUCAACGGGCUAGGAGCAACGAAUCCGACCAUCUACGAUACGUACACUCACGUCUCCUCGCUGCACCUAUCUCAAGUUGGUCUGAGCAUCCCAGACGAGGCUUGGUACGAUGUAGAUUUGUAUGACGGUCAUGACCAGGAGAAGUGGGGAAAGACGAGGAAAUACUGGAGCGAGAAAGUGAGGUUCUACCGGGGCUGUAUAGCAAGGCUGGCCGGUAAACCAUGA